CACUUUGAUAUAGCAUCAUACACACAGCGACGAGCCGUUACCGAUAAUUAAUCCACUGACACAUUUGCUACUGGGUCUGUUCUCUGAUUUUAUGUCCCUCCUAUCUGUUUUCCAGCCCUCCCUCGGGAAUUCGAGCCCAGGAGGUUCAGCAGGUUCCGAUGACCAUGAUUUUGACCCAUCAGCAGACAUGCUUGUCCAUGACUUUGAUGAUGAACGCACAUUGGAGGAAGAGGAAAUGUUGGAGGCAUCAGAUGAGACCAAUGCCAAUGAGAUAGAAGAUCUUGCUAGGGAAGGAGAAAUGCCCAUUCAUGAAUUACUAAGCCUGUAUGGUUAUGGGGGAGGUUCACCAGCAGAUGAGGAUGAAGAAGAAGAGGAGGAGGAGGAACCUGAGGAAGAAGAGGAUGAUGAGGAAGAUGAUGAGGAAGAGGACCCUGAUAAUGAUGAAAGCAGCAGAAGCACUGGUGAAUUGAAGAGAAAUGAGGUUGAGAGUGUUAAGAACUCAUCAGCAAAGAUCGACGAGGUCCAGAAAACCUCUGAGGGUCGCACACGCUCAGUCAGGUCCCUUGGUACAGCCGACCUGAUUCGUCCUCAGAAAUUAAUGUAUUUUGAAAGUAACGAAGCAGAGGAGGAGUCUGAUGAAGAUGAAGACUAUGUUCCAUCUGAGGAUUGGAAAAAGGAAAUUAUGGUGGGCUCCAUGUAUCAAGCAGAAACUCCUGUUGGCCUCUGUAAAUAUAAAGACAAUGAAAAGGUUUACGAAAACGAUGACCAGUUGUUAUGGAACCCAGAGUGUCUCCCGGAAGACAAAGUUGUGGAGUUCUUGACAGAGGCAUCGAGGCGAACGGGGGAUGAGAAGGGAGUGGAUGCAAUCCCUGAGGGAUCUCAUAUCAAAGAUAAUGAACAGGCAUUGUAUGAAUUAGUGAAAUGUGACUUUGACACAGAAGAAGCUUUAAGACGACUUAGGUUUAAUGUAAAAGCAGCCAGAGAGGAGCUGUCUGUCUGGACUGAAGAGGAAUGUAGAAACUUUGAACAGGGACUUAAAGCUUAUGGAAAAGAUUUUCAUUUAAUACAGGCCAACAAGGCAAUGUUAAUAAUGGCCAUUUCAUGUCUGCUGAUUAAAAUCUUUCAGGUGAGAACUAGGUCUGUAGGAGAAUGUGUGGCCUUUUAUUACAUGUGGAAGAAGUCUGAGCGUUAUGAUUUCUUUGCACAGCAAACCAGACUUGGGAAAAGGAAAUACAACCUUCACCCUGGUGUAACAGACUACAUGGACAGAUUACUUGAUGAGACAGAGAGCGCAACUUCCAGUAGGGCGACGUCACCUCCUCCUACCACCUCCAGCAGCAGCACUAGCCACUCUGAGAGGGAAGACAGCAGCAGUCAGAACGGUAUCACGAGCCACAACUCGAACCAUCCAGUAGACGGUGCUCAAUUGCCCCCAGCAAAUCCAGCCAAACCAGAGUCACUUCAGUCUAAUGGUCCCUCACAUCCACUAGCGGAAGCACCUCCUCCCAUUCCAGACAGCUCCAACUGCUGCAGCCUGUCCUCCACAACCAGCCACGAAAGGAACGGUUCUCUGGAGCCUCCACUGCUCCACAGAGACCCGGAAGCAGCAUCACAAGAGAGGCCGACCAAACGCUGCAGAAUGGAGGCAGAACUACUGGGCCAAAGUGAAGUGGAACCAUCCCGAACACAGGAGAACUAGAAGCUCCAUUAGAUGCUGAUGUGGAGUGAAAACCAUUCUCUCUGCUUUCUAUUUAUAGCAGUGAAGGGUGACAAAGAUAUGGACAAUGAGCCCUGUUCGUCCUGCGAGAGCACUAUCUCCUUAGGGCAGAGACUCUAAAGUAAGGUCAGAGGUCAGAAAGAAAACUCACCUUGAAGAUCACAGCCAAUCAUGCUGCAAGUGGUCCUACAGACGUAGCAGUAGUUGGCCCACUGUCCCUCCAACACAUUUUUAAUGUACUGACUGCCUGCAAAGCUCAUCCCAAAGUACCACAAGUCCAUGACGCCCCCAAAUCAUCAAUUCAUCGCCUUUUUUUUUUCCUUUUUUGGAGACUUCGACAAUUUUCCAAGGAUUUGCUUCUUUUCUACUUGUACUAAAGAAAUAAAAAUCAUCAGUGAUAUUUUUUUACACAGAGCUAUUUAUAUUUUUUAACAAAAAGAAAUCUAUGACGAGUAAUUACUGUUCAAGCCAUUUGCGCAUUUGAAGAAAAUGUUAACAAUUUAUGUGCUUAAGUUGUCAAAAAGAGACAAAGUAGGCAGACACAAAAUGAGCAGGCGGGUGCUGCCGCCAGCCCACUUUAGUUGCACUUUGAUUGUAUGUUUCUCAUCUUUCCUGACAAGGAGUGGUGAUAAAACCCAGCAGAACGACAUGAUUACUCCCCCACCUCUGAAUGCGCUCCGGCUUCUGUCACGGCUUCGUUCGGUUAGAAUAAAUAAACCAGUGGGUCGGUCCUCUUGAGGUUUGUUCUAUGUGAAGCAGCUGACAUCAGUGAUGUCCUGUAUUUUAACUCAUCAUGUAGAAGAUGGCUGUAUUUUUGAAUUUCAUAGUGAGUGCUUUGCUCAACGCUUUUGUUUUUACUAGACAGGAUAUUUGUGAUUUUUAUUGUAAAGUUUGUAAAGAUUUCUUACCUUGAGCAGUUGGUACAUUUUUAUAAAUGUCUGUUCAUCCCUGGAUCUUCUGGUCUUCCUCAUCGAUCAACUGUUGUGCUUAUUUUUUAUUUUUUUUUGCCUGUGCUGCUCUGGGGUGGAUGUAAUGAGAAGAGUAGCCAUUCCUCAUUCGCUCUCGUUUGGCAGCACUUCCCAUUCCCGUGUGAACUGCUUGUGACACCAGACCCCCUCUCGUGUAGAGCGGAGCCCCACGUUGUGGUUCAAUCCGCGGCUUGUGCUUCUGGUCACAGUGCUCGACUGACAUUUCCAGUCUGUACGUGGACAGAGCGGGUCGACCUGGGGGAACCUCAGCUUGUUUUUGGUACAGCAACUCUUCAGCUUAAUCUGCUUUACAUUGUACUUCAGCUUUGAACUCACAGUCACAAAUUAAGAUAAGUUUGUCUCAGAUAGUGGUCACCCAUAUAGAUGUUUUCUUUGUCUGUUGGAUGAUUUAUUUUUUUCUCUGUAAAUGACAUUAAUAAAAGUGUAUUACAAGACUGGCUAUGGAUGGAAUAACAUUGUUUAUAUUUAAUAAACGUAUUAAUGAA